AUGAAAGCUCAAGUGUUCGUUUCCAUGGGGCUCCUGGCUGCCGCUCACGCCUCAGUAAUCAAGGCACGCCAAUUCGGUCCCCAAGACAUUCUCAACUACGUCUGCGAAGGAGACUCAAAGGGAGACAUGCCAGAGAUCUGCAAGAACAUGUGCUAUGGAGUCUAUUGCCAAGGCUUCUCAACAUCAAUGUACUGGGACAAGCCAGACAGGGAAACUAGCACAGCCAGAGCAAAGACCGCAGGCUGUGGAAGUGGCAAUCGCUGCAGCAAAUCUCCCUAUGGCUCAGGUUGCCAAUGCGACGAGUUUCCAUUCCGCUCGGUCACGAGGCCAUCGGGCUUCCUUCCAGUCAAUCGCUGUGUUCCGAGUGGACAGAAUCGAGCUCAAAGCAACGUCCUCAAGCAAUUCUACUACUCGCAGGGCAGCUACAGCGGCACCGGUCUAGGCGGUCAGCCUGGACAGUUCACACUCUCUUUCGCGAACUAUGGGGAUGUCAAGUACUGCGGUUUCGAAGAAGACUGCAAGAAUGAUGGCAACCAGUAUAACAGGAAUGGAGAGAUCGCCGACAAGAAGGAUUCGAAGCGGGGGGCUGGUAUGCUGAACACCUAUGUCACCGAGAAAGGACAGAUCAUCCAUGUACCUGGCGGCGCGUUCCCAGGCGAUCGUGUGUGGACACCAGAUUCUUACGAUGAGGACCUUGAUUUUGACAUUGACUUCAUCGUUGGGCCUAGUAACGAGACAGUGGUGUGA